AUGGUCGACAAUAAUAAAAACGUCUUGCGUUAUGGCCAAAAGGUGCGACUUACAACCCGUUCUGCUUACGUUGAUGAUAAUGUCCUUGUUAUUCCUGAGAUAGGUAUUGGUUAUUAUGAAAAAAAUGGACGUCAUGGGGUCCUCAGCUGCGUUCCUCCUCUUGGACCAAAGCUCCAGCAACUUUUUACGGAAGACGAGUUUUUAGUGACACUUCCAACCGGACAACGAUGUAUACAAAAUCAAGUACAUUAUGGAGAUCCAUUGGUGCUUGUGAAUCAGCACGAUAUGGUCUGGAACAAUAAAACGGGCGGUAUUACGGGCUACGUCGGUCCUCGACCACGUGGUGUUCCAGGCGAAAUGUUUGUGUGUUUUACAAAAGUUCCAUUGAAUGGGGGCGUGCAAAAGAAGGAGAAAGGGAAUAAAGUGGACAAAAUGACAUCAUCGAGGUCAAUGUCUGGCAGUUUUUCCUUGUCGGAGAGUCCAGAAUUUGAGUCGGGUGUUGUGUGCUUUGGUGAUACAAAUGUUGCAAUCACAGUGGUUGAGUCGAAUCGUCAUUCGCAAAUGUAUAAUAAAAGACUUAGCAACUUUAAGAAACCGACGAGUCAUAUCAUAGGAGGAUACAUUUGCUGUGAUGGCAAAGGCACUGAGUUGAGAUUUACAAUCUGGCCGGCCAAGCCAAAGAUUGAACAGAUUACCAUGCUGAAUAAACUCAUCACGCCGUAUAGAUAUGGACAAAAGAUUGCGUUGCCAUUGGGACUGCUGGAAAGCAAAGCAAACAAGACGACAAGCUUUUGCAACGCGAGUGUGAACAGGGAUAGUGACAUUCUGCAGACGAAGAUUUUCUUUAAACUGUCCAACGGAGCGGAAGCUGUGCUACCCGGGACAUUGUUACGACAGAAGAUGUUGGCUCAUGUCCAGCCGUCUGAACAUAACGGAAAAAAAUCCGAAUUGAUCUUUGAGCUUCCUCUGCAAAAUGGACCAGGUGUAUUGAUGAUGCAAUUAACCGGUGUCACGCCUCGAAAAAUAGUUGGAAAGCUGGCUGCAUCGAAUGGGAAGCAGUCAUCAGCACCGAAGGUCAAUCGUGGCAAGGUAAUAUUUUACCGUGUGUCGGAUUCGUUUCGACUCGUGCCUGUGCCCAUGUUUGCGUUACUUUACGCGGUGGUCACAUUCUACCUUUGGGAUGCUCUUAACACAAUGGAGGACGGUCUGCAUCGUGAACUCGUUGUGUUGGUUUUAGUGUUUCUCCCAGUCUUUUACGUGGUGGUGAAGGCAGAUCAUCCGUUCUCUGCGCUAUUCCGGCCUCCUGUUUUGAAGCCAGAGGUUGACAACAUCGACUAUGAGAGUCCUCCGACAAGCGGCACGUUGAAGCUCAUUGUCACUGAGUACCGCUUUGUCCCAGGGUUCGCCAACGCCAACGGAAGCGUAAGAAGAACGUCACAAGAAGCGAGGUCAUCAGCUAGCGGGUUAACGAAUGAGCCAUCCGUUACUUCGUUAGAAGCGACAGGAUCAGUUCCCAUGCGCUUUAUCCUCGCGGAAAAGGGCGAUCAGGCCAAGGCGCUUGAGCGAUACAAUGAGACAACCGAAUGGCGACGCGACGAAGGUAUAGAUAGCCUACUUAUGAAGCCUAAUCCACAUUUCAAGAUCAUUAAGGAUAAUUACCCGCACUACUACCACAAGCGUGGCAAGAACGGCGAGCCUGUGUACUACGAGAAGCCAGGCAAGAUUAAUUUGAAGGCUCUCAAGAAUGCGGGUCUCACGCUGGAUGAUCUGAUGCACAACUACCUGAUGAUCACGGAGUUUCUGUGGCAAGUGAUUGAGCAGGACGACAACUGCAAGGGUAUUUCCGUUCUGGACGUGGAUGGGAUCGGCAUCUCGGACUUUGCUGGUGAGGCUGUCGAGUACGUUCGCAAAGCAGCUUCUAUAUCCGGUAAGCACUACCCGGAACGCUGCGCGUACAUUUUCGUGAUCAAUGUGCCCUCCUGGUUCAGUAUGAUUUGGAAUACCGUGAAAGGAAUGGUGGAUGACGUGACUCGUGAAAAAGUCAUUAUCGUGCGUGGAAAGAAGAAAAUUUUGGAGGCGCUGUCAGAGCGUAUUCCUAUUGAAAACAUUCCUGUGGAAUACGGUGGAACGAGCGACGGGAAGUCUUCGGAGGAAGACUUGCUCUUUAAUCUCAUGGACUACGUCAAUAACGAUGAAGGCGCACCAGCAACCAACCCAAUCGAAGAGAUUAUAAGAAAGAAGCCCAUUAAGCAUUAA